UCUAAUUUCAUGUUACUUGGUAGAUUCGUGUCGCUUGUCUUGUUACGCCUUGGUGAUUUAACCAGUGUACGAAACUUUCAUUACACCCUUGAAGACACGUCAUACUUCAGCCGCCACACUGCAUUGUCUGGUCCCGGAACAUGACCUUUCCGUCUUUAAGCUGUCGGAUGUUAUGGUUCCUGAGCAUACACAGUCCCCUAAGGCACUAAAGAAGCUGCCUGAAGCCUAAGGCGCUUCACAUGGACCCUCUCCCAUCCUUGGGAUGUAUUUAUCCUCGAUAAAACGUGGACCGUGGUUCUAGCGUGGUAAUGGUAAUUGCAGUGAUAGCAUUACAAAUGGUGAUACUUCAUUCACUACAUGUGACAUUGUACUUCCCUUUUAUGCUUUACGCGUGACCUCCUGCUGCUACCAUACUGACUGGCGAUAACUUGACUUGACUUUUGCCCGUCAGUGCAUACUAAUCAUGACGACAAUGCAACAUGGCUCAAUCAAGGAUCAAAGAAAUUUAUCAGAUUGUGCAUAGCGUACGAAAGAUUACAAUCGACAACGUGGAAAGCCACUGUCCAUCGGCGCAAGGCAACCUCCUGACGCAACUGAGUUUUGUAAAAUCAAUCAUUCGAGUCCAUGGUCAUGCGCGAGAGUCUGAUGCUCUGGCCGAUGUUCUUGCAAUCUGCGCCCAGCCUCCUGAUCUGGGCGGCCUGGGUCUGUCAGAACAUACCGAGCUUGCGGUGGAUCAAGAGGCUGAGAUCUUGUUUCUGGUGUCGGCAUGGUUGGAGGCCCUCAAUUCAGCAGACAGGACCAAAUCAAAACCGGAUCCGCUAUCGACCAGGCCUGAAGGUCGGAGGGGCAUGACCCUUAGUGAGAAGAUCUUCUCGUUGCAUGAUAUUGAUAGGAGGGGGUCAGUAGCUCCUGGAGACCUAAUACGUGUUGAUGUUGAUUGGGUAAUUGCUUCGGAGGCUUCCUGGGCCGGCAUGGAGGUAACAUACAAUCGGCUCGGAAAGCCGGGAAUCUUUCGUAACGAUCGGUUCUGGCUUGCAGGAGAUCAUGUAGUUGACCCUCGGAUCAAUAACCUCCCGAAGGUCCAGUCGUUGAUCGACGCGAGUGAGAGAGCGAAGCGAGUGUUCAAGCUGACCGACUACCAAGGGCUGAAUUAUACAAUAUUGCACACUGAGUUCUAUCGCGAGCGAGCACAGCCUGGUAUGCUUGUUAUUGGGUCGGAUUCACACACUUGUUCAUCAGGAGCACUUGGAUGUCUGGCCAUAGGCCUUGGUGCUGCAGAUGUAACAAUGCCCCUGGUCACUGGUGAGACAUGGUUCAAGGUCCCGGAAUGUAUCCACAUCCGGCUUGUCGGAAAGCCAAAACUGGGUAUUGGUGGAAAGGAUACAAUUCUUUAUAUACUCCAGCAGUUGCAAAGGAAUACUGUCGCAUCCGAAAGAAUUGUGGAGUUUAGUGGAAGCGGAGUGAAAUACCUAUCCUCUGACGCUCGAUUUGCCAUAUCAAAUAUGACCGCAGAAUUCGGUGGUGUCACGGGGGUUUUUGUCCCAGACGAGAUCACGCACAAAUUCUUACAAAAACGCCCAGUCUCUCGACACAGGGCUAACAGCAUUUAUAUGAGGCCAGAUGAAGAUGCGGAAUAUGCUAAAACAUUUGAGAUAGAUCUUACCAAAGUCCAAUCGUUCAUCGCAAAGUAUCCCAACCCGGAUGAUGUUGCCCCCGUUACCGACUGUGAAGGCAUGGAGUUAAACGGAUGCUUCAUUGGGGCCUGUACAACCGGUGAAGAAGACCUCAUUCUUGCGGCCUUGGUACUUGAGCAGGGUCUCAAAGGUGACAAGAAGCCGUCACAAAAGGGGAAGAGAAAAGUCGUGCCUGGCUCAAUGCCAAUUUUGAAUAGACUUCGUAAUUUAGGCCUCGUUGAGGUUUAUGAAGAGGCAGGUUUCGAGAUCGGCGUGCCAGGGUGCAGCUACUGUGUUGGCAUGUCCGCUGAUCAGGCAGAUGUAGGCGAGGUAUGGCUAUCGUCUCAGAAUCGAAACUUUGAGAACCGCAUGGGGAAAGGAUCGAUCGGGCACCUUGCAUCUGCUGCUACUGUUGCUGCGUCAUCAUUUGAGAUGAAGGUCGCCGAUCCCACCCGCCUCCUGGAUGCUAUCGACGUGGAUAGGUGGGCCACACUCCGAGAUGUUCGAACUUCGCAUACUGCACGAAGCAUAAUGGAGAACAUAAGAUACGUCGAGCCGCGUGGGCCUUCGUUAACUUGGUGUGAUGGCAGGACAGAGAGACAAGCCAUCGGUACCCCGCCAAGCUACACCCCUAUGGUAGGCCAUAACCCUCUCAGAGGGACAGUCCAAGUCCUUGGGGACUUUAUUGAUACCGAUGCAGUAAGUUUCUGGCUUCUAGAAACAGUUGUACAAGCAUUGGACUAAGAUUCAUCUCAAGCUUGCGCCCGCC